GUUCUACUUUCUCAUUCUGUAUCUAGUUAAUGUUAGGGUUUAUUUGUUACAGUUUUUGUGGUUUUCAAUUUAAUCUGUGGACUGAUCUUUCUAGGUCUUGAACUACUACUCAGCUUUGUCGAGAUAUUCAUAUAUUAAUGAAGUAUCUGAACUGUUUUCAUUCUCUAAUCAAAACUACUGUUGAGAUUUUCGUUGAUCUUUGAUUGAAAGAAUUCCGCCCCUCCAUUUUUCUUGAGAACGUUCAAGUUGUAUCACUAGAUUGUUGUUUUUCUUACUAUUGUUCUUUAACUUAUUAGAUCAGAAAUAUUGAAUUCUUAUUAAUCAUUAUUAUGUUUUCGUUUUAAUAUCAGGAAGAUGGGUUGUAUUUAUUGCCUGGAUGCAAUUGGUAAAACAUCAGGGAUGAAACAUCUUAAGCCGAAGAAGGUGACUUUAUGUUUUUCGUUGUAUGAUUUGUGGAACACAACUUCUUGUGCCCUUUGAAUGGAAAAAAAACAGAUUCACGAUGAAUUUGACAUGCACAAAGAACUGUUGUAAUAAAAAACUGAAGCUGAAGAACAUCAAACCAGCCCGCUUUGAACAUAGCAGAGACUCUCUUGCAAUAUUAAGUAUCGAAGGAGAGUGGAAAAUUAAGAAAUUUUAUUUGGAUGCUGAAAAAAUCAAUGGUAAGAAGAAGGAAUUCACAACUAAAAAUGGAGGAGACCGGGAGGAAGGUGAAGGUGACUGGGAUGAGGAGGAAGAAAGGGAUAUGGAACCACAACAUGAAUCUGAAUUUGAUUAUGACUGACUCUGAUGGCAGUUAUGAUAUGCUGAUGAGGCAAAAGAAAUCUUUAGGUUCCUUUCUGAAUUUUAAAUUGAUGGAUGAUGAUUUGAAGAUUUGGUGACAGAAGACCGAAUUAGACCUCAUUCAUAAUUUAAUGCCGGUGGAUUCCAAUAGUUCUAAGAAAAUUGAUAUGGUGGAUUCCAAUAGUUCUAUGGAAGCUGAUCUUGAUGUGCCAAAUAAGAAAAAGGUCAUUUUGAGUACUUCAAGUGUGAAAACCACUUUUUGCAAGUUAGUAUCUGUGAAUAAAUGAAAUGUUUUGAUGGGAAGGUUUUGUCAAAACCUUCCCACCAAAACAUUUCACUUAUUCACAGGUUCUACAUUUCUAAUUUGCAGAGAAAGGUUUUUCACACUUGAAGUAAUGACUUUCAAAAUGACAUUUUUCUUAUUUGGCACAUCAAGAUCAGCUUCCAUAGAACUAUCGGAAUCCACCAUAUCAAUUUUUUUAGAACUAUUGGAAUCCACCGGCAUUAAAUUACGAAUGAGGUCUAAUUCGGUCUUCUGCCACCACAUCUUCAAAUCAUCAUCCGUCGACUUAAAAUUCAGAAAGGGGUCUAAAGAUUUUUUUUGCCUCAUCAUCAUAUCAUAUCUGUCAUCAGAGUCAAAGUCAGAAUCAUAUUCGGAUUCAUGUUGUGGUUCCAUAUCCCCUUCUUCCUCCUCAUCCCAGUCACCUUCCUCCCGGUCUCCUCCAUUUUUAGUUGUGAAUUCUCUUUUCUUACCAUUAUAUAUAUAUAUAUAUAUAUAUAUAUAUAGAGAGAGAGAGAGAGAGAGAGAAUACCCUAUGAAAUAGAUAUAUAGAUACAUACCAUACCCAAAAUUGAUAAGUAGAUAUAUACAUGGUAUUGACUAGUAAAUAUAGGCUACUUGCUGAUAUUGACAAGUAGGUAUAGCAUACCUCAUGAUAUUGGUAAAACAAAUAUCUAGUUUAGGAUGUAAAAACGUAUUUAGAUAUGUUUUUGUUACCUUACAUGCAUAUAGAGUUAUAACUUGUCAUGUUAUUUAUUUAUUUAUUUUUUUUGAAAAAAUGAUCAUAAAAAGGCUAUUUUCAAAGUCUGAGAAACAUAAAAAAUGUGAUUUAAGGUUAAUUUGGUAUGCAUAUGUACUAUGAACAUGUGAGAUGCAAUGUUCAUCCGUUAAUUUGAAUUUAUUUUUCUGCUCAUUUGGUGGUUUUUUUUUAUCCCUUUUUACUGUCAUUUUAAUACCAAUGGCUAUUACUUUCUGCAUUACAUACCAUUUUGGAGGGGUGUUGUCACACUUUCUUUUGUAUGGGUAAUUAAGCUAUACCACUAAUAAAAUUUCCAAAAUCAAAUGAUUAUUAAUUUUUCUUUGUAGUGGCUGCAAUUGGUGUUGGUUCUAAAGAUUUUGGAAAAUUUAGUUUAUGUAUAGUUUUUGGUUCUAGAGAUUGUUGCAGGUUAUAGAAAUGUACUUUCAUAGCAUCCUACUUUACUUUCCUUUUACUACAACAAUUUAUAUUCAAAUUUCUUUUUAAUAAGGCAUUGUAAUUUGGAAAAUCUACUCAAUGAUAAUAAAAAUUGUUUUGUGAUGAGAUGAUGUUUUUGUAGUCGGAUAGAUUUUCCAAAGUAUAAUUGUUGUAAUGAGAUGGGAUGAAGUGAAAGUAUGAUGAUUAAAUAAACAGAUCAAUCAAAGUUUGUUUCUAUUUCUUUUUACAUGUUUAGUGAUUUUACCCUCUCUUUUUCUAGACAAUUAGUUUUGGUGAAAGUUUUAAUUUCUCUAUUUAAAAAGUAAAGUUUGAUAAUUUUUUUACAUGAGAAAAGCUAUUUAAAAUAGCGACAACUUUUAAUGUUUGGCUUUAAUAACGUGAAAAAAAAAAAACAAGUGUUUUGGUUCUUCUAUGCUUCAAAGUUAACGGCUGAGAAGUGAUUGUAGCAUGCAACAGAAUAAAGGGCAAUUUACUUCUUCAAAGGGUAUUCUUUGUUUAUUAACUCCUUACUCCUUACUCUUUACUUUUUUUUUUUUUUUUUAAUUAUGCUAUAUGACGAUGCAUUCGUAUAUGACUUAUUUACUCUUCACGCAUAUGACUGUUGCAUCAACUGCCAUCAGGUAAUGUGGUCGAUAUUCAAUUGGAAAACUACAAUAGUAACUCCUCAAUUUGCAUAAAAACCUACAUAAUAUAGACAUAUUGCAGCAUAACGUAACAUCAUAUGUUGAUGAACCACGGGUCAAAAAAAAAGGUGAACCAUAUAAUCAAUCAUUAUUUUAUUAUCAAUAUAUUAAAACAAUUAAAGUGACAUGAAUACCUGUAACCUGCUCCACAUGUAUAGUGGAGGUGCAUGAUCAGAUGUAACAGUUGACUUGAAGUAGGGUGGCAUACCCAUUCUGGAGCAGGUUUUAAGGCUUUUACAACUCCACAACUUGAUCAGUUAACUAUAAAAGCUACAAUGAAGAGUGGAAUGGAAUGAACCAUUCCAUUCCAUUGUCAUGUUUACUUGGCUGAAAAUAAGAAUGUAUUUUCAUUUGUUUGUUUAUUAACUUAUACCAUCCUACUUCUAUUUCUUUAUAUUGUAUCACCGUAAACUGCAAUUACAGGUUUUUGUUAUUAAGACAUUGUACCUUUCACUUAAA